UACAUCCGUCUCUAAAUAGUUCCUGGGAGGCUUUUUUUUCCCGUUAAAUGACGAAAAUACCCAUGGGCAAUAUGAAAAUCAUUGACCAUUCUCCCCUCUCCGCCACCUUCGCCGGCACCGCCUCCUUUGCCGUCAACAUCCCCAACCCUGCCAUCUUCACCACCUAAAAAGUCCCCAGAAUCAGUAACUCCUCCCACAUUAUCACCACCACCGCCUCCAUCUCUACCUACACCUACACCUACGUCCGUACCUUCACCAUCAUCGUCUUCAUCGUUGUUUGAUGUUACUCUGUGUAUGGCUGGCUACCUCUGAUGCAAAUGUAUAGAUCGGUAUUUCUUCACUUCUUCUUUGAUGUGUUAAAAGCUUCGAAAUUAUCUUCAUCCCGUUUCUAUUUUUCUCUUUCCUUCACCGGCUCAUCAUCGUCAAUUUUUUGUGCCCGAUACCAAUCAUGAAGACCCAUCGUCUUCAUAGGUCUCUUUCUUCUUGCAAGAAGCUGUAUUGAAAUGGGUCUCUUGAGCAACCAAUAGUCUUGGAUAUAAAAAUUGAUAUUACCAAAUAAAUCAAUUAGUUGGGAAAGGAGGGCAAUAAAAAGCUUGAGGGUAAUUCCUGUCAUUGUAGAAGAUUUCUCUCUCAUCUCUUUUGCUUUUUCUUGUAUUGUAACGGAAAAACGUAGCUAAAAAUGGACGGAGGGCUGUAUAGUCUAACGGAGUCAAACUCCAGAUAUUACUUAAAUAAUUUUGCUAAACUCCACAUAUUUUCUGAUAGAGACAGAAAUUUCUUACUUCUGCUACAGUUUUAAUGUUGAUUUAACCGUUUUCCGUAAUUAAGUACUCAAUUUGUUGAACAAAAUCUCUAGACGGAUUGAAACAUAGCCAAUGUCAACGUGCUUUUCUUCUUCUUCUUCUUCUUCUUCUUCUUCUUCUGCAAAAUCAUGGAUUGUGCACGGAAUUGUGGCUGGAGCUGCAAUUGCUGCGGCUAUCGGUGCUCAUGCUUAUCUGGCUAGAUCGAGAAAUUUUCGAAGUCGGGUUGUCGGUAUCAUACCCGCCCGUUUCGCUUCUUCUCGAUUCCAAGGAAAGCCACUAGUCCAAAUUCUUGGGAAACCCAUGAUUCAGAGAACUUGGGAAAGGGCCAAAUUGGCAACUACAUUGGAUCACAUAGUGGUCGCAACAGAUGAUGAAAAGAUUGCAGAAUGUUGUCGUGGAUUUGGAGCAGACGUGAUUAUGACUUCUGAAUCUUGUCGAAAUGGUACAGAAAGAUGCAAUGAAGCGCUUGGAAAGCUAGAAAAGAAAUAUGAUGUUGUUGUCAAUAUUCAAGGGGAUGAGCCUCUCAUUGAACCUGAGAUAAUAGAUGGCAUUGUUAAAGCGCUGCAGGCAGCCCCAGAUGCGGUGUUUAGCACUGCUGUAACAUCUUUAAAACCUGAGGAUGCAUUUGAUCCGAAUAGAGUGAAAUGUGUGGUGGAUAAUCGAGGUUAUGCUAUCUAUUUUUCAAGGGGGCUCAUUCCUUAUAACAAAUCAGGAAAAGUCAAUCAGCAAUUUCCUUAUUUGCUUCAUCUUGGAAUUCAGAGCUAUGAUGCAAAGUUUCUAAAGAUUUAUCCAGAACUUGAACCUACUCCUUUGCAAUUGGAGGAGGAUUUGGAACAGCUUAAAGUCCUUGAGAAUGGUUAUAAAAUGAAGGUGAUGAAGGUUGAUCAUGAGGCACAUGGUGUUGACACUCCAGAUGAUGUUGAAAAGAUUGAAACUUUGAUGCGUGAACGGAAUUUGUCUUAGUUCAAUUCAUUCAAUUCUAGUCAGACCAUUGAUUUUGAGAUGGAUUAUACGAAUACUGCUUCCUAUACAAGUCUAGGAGAGUGCAAAUAGCUGGUAUUGAUUGCUUGAACCUCCUCAUUUAUCCCCUUCAUCUUUUCUUUGUUUUGGUAUCACAAGUGUAAUAGCAUUAGCACAGUUGAGCUUUGUGAGCUAGGGUGCAAUAUUCAGCAGUUUGUGAUCUUGUGGUGGUCUGUUUAAUAUCUAUGGCCAUGCUUAUAAUUAAUAAUUUAUAUAUUGUUAGAGCUGUUAUGGUUAAUGUUGAGAGUAAAAAUUGUCAUUUAGACAAACUAUUAUUUGAAUUCUCAAUGAUUGUGUGAUAAUAGGUGACUUCAUUAUAUAUGUUUAUUUA